GGACAUCCAUUAUUUACAGUGGGACACCCAUUGUUUACAGUAGGACAUCCAUUGUUUACAGGUGGACAUCCAUUGUUUACAGGUGGACAUCCAUUGUUUACAGUGGGCAUCCAUUGUUUACUAUGGGACAUUCAUUGUUUGCAAUGAGGGCAUCCAUUGUUUACAGCAGGAAAUCCAUUGUUUACAGUGGGGCAUCCAUUGUUUACAGUGGGAGAUCCAUUGUUUACAGUGGGACAUCCAUUGUUUACAGUGGAGCAUCCAUUGUUUUCAGUGGGGCAUCCAUUCAAUUUGGACUUUUCCAAUGAAAACAAAGCUCGGACAUUAGAUUAAGUAUGUGUUUUGAUUGGUCAGUUAGUAGUAUGUACGUAUAGAGACAUUGAAUCGCUCAGGGUUAAAACAAACCAUUUAGUUUAGAUCCUGAUGUCUGAUGUAAUAUUACUGAUUUAUAACAAUUAUUUUUGUAGCAUGACCAUUAAAUGGCAUAGGUGUACAAAAGUGUAUAUUUGUAAAUAAGAUAAAUAAUGUACAGUACAUUCUAUAUAUUUAUGCAAUAUUUUUGAUGUGGCAAUUGGAUGUUGAUGUUGAAGUUUUUAAUUAUUUUAAAGUUAAGCUUAACUAAAACUUGUGUAAAAUAUAAUACAGUACAUGCAUAAAAAAUCAUUUUGAAAGUGAAAAUACGAUAUGCAACCAAGUGAUGCUGACCAAUCAGUUCUUAUGUAAAUGCCAUGUUGUUCAUUGACAUUCUAAUGUGAAAUUAUUGUAGUGAAAUGAAGAGAAUAUAGUCUAAUAGUGAAAUCAAUUUAGCAGAGGCCCUAGGAACAUGUAUAAAAAAUGGAAUGGUUUUUAUACAUGUUCCCAGGGCCUAUGCAAUUUAGGCUGUUAUAAAAUCAAAAGUUUAAAAUUUUGAUCAUGAUUUUAUAUUU